CCAAUACUUUGGUGGAGAAGAGCAGCCAUAGGAGUUGGUGUAGGGUUUUAGAGGCUUAACAAUCGAGAAAGAGAGUCAAAGACGAUUUUGAUUUUGAGUGAGCAAGAAUGGAUUUUUCAUCGCCAUCAAGCGGAUCUUCUUCAACCCAAUUCAACCCUGACGCUUUCAAGAACCAGCUUCAGAACCAACUAGCUCAGGCUUAUGCCGAAGAGUUCCUUGAGACCCUGAGGACGAAGUGCUUUGACAAGUGCAUCACAAAACCCGGAUCAAGCCUUAGUGGGGGUGAGAGUAGCUGCAUCUCUAGAUGUAUGGAUCGCUAUGUUGAGGCCACUGGCAUCAUCAGUAAAUCUCUAUUCAGUGCCACUCAGCAUUGAAAUUUGAAGGAUCAUCAAAUUGUUUUUGUGAAGAAAGUUGAAGUUGCAAAAGAUAAAAAACUACAAAAGCAAGCAGAGAUUAUGCCGUUUUGUACUCUAUCGCUAGGAUCAACAUUUUCUUAGGACCAAGUGUUUCAUUUACAUUAUUUCCUAAUUUAUGUACUUGACUUCUAGCUAUGCAUGCAUUUCCUCUGUGCUACUCUCUUAUCAACAAUAAUCCUAUCAACUCACAAAUUGGAUGUUAA